GGUUAUAUCUUUAUGUAUAAAUAAAGUUGAGCACGAUUUAUGUGUGUGCUUACUAAAGGAAGGUAGAAACCCGUGAAAGACGUUAAAUUUGAGUAGUUGUACUAUCCUAGCUAGCUCUACUCUUUUAUAUCACCGGCCACCUCUAUCUAUCUAUUCAUUAUUUCAUUUUCAAUUCACCUUCAAUUCAAUUCUUGGCUCGAUCGAUCGUUCUCAAUAACACAUCAUAUGAACCAUGUCGUCGGCAUUGGACCUCGAUCAUCCUCCCCCGACCAAGAAGUUCUUUGAUCGACGUCAAAGCUUCAAAGAUAUACAAGGUGCUAUUUCAAAGAUGAACCCGAAGGUUGUGAAGACUGUGAUCGAAUCAGGAAAACGACCACUCACUUCCAGUAGUGUUUUACAACUUGGCUUGCGUUCGCCUUCUCUUCCCUUGAGUAUGCCUGCAACAGCCCCUUUAACUAUCUUUUACGAUGGGAUGGUAUCGACUUUUGAUGUUUCUCCAUCUGAGGCAGAGACCGUGAUGAAAUUUGCACUUGGAGAAGGACUGACAUCUCAAAAACUCCAUACACUUGACCAAGGCGUUCGUUUAUUUGGCUACGAAGAGAAGCUAGAGUUUGAUGAUUCAUGUACGGACUUACCCAUCGCACGCAAGAAGUCACUACAGAGGUUCUUAAAGAAACGCAAAGGGAGGAUGAGUUUGGUGAACUAAAAAACUGAAAACAAAAGAAGGCUAAGAUGGUUACUAAGCUACUACCAUUAGGAUUGGUUUUUUAUUUCAAUGAAAUUGUUUUUAUUUUUUUUUUAUGAUUAAUUAAUCAUAUAUGUCCCCUAUUGUUAAUUUCGAUUUGAUUUUCAUUUGGCC